AUAAAAAAUAGAUAUUUUGGGCUAUUAAAUGUAAUAUGUUUAGGCCGGAGGGAUAUUUUGUGUCAAUGAGGAAAAACAUAGGCUAUUAAAAUUUUGAGGGGCUAUAGAGGGUCAUUUGCUCUAUUCUGUUUUACACUUUCAACUGAUGGAACUAAUUGUAUGGGCCAAGCCUAAUAAAAAAGAUGGGCUCAGCAUUCUUAAAGGCCCAAGUAAGAAGGUCCGAACUUGAUUGUCACACUCUUCAUUUCUAGAAGAUUAUGAAUAAUGUUCCAGAAGGUUACAGAACCAAACAUUCUUCCACAAUUUGAUAGGAGUAUUCAAGCAAACAUGAAAAAAAUCUUGAAGUUGCCGGAUUUCCUCCAAUAUAUAUAUAUAUAACUCACUUCUCUUGUGUGCCAAAUCAGCAAAUAUCUGUUAACAAUCGAAGCAAUCUCCGACUCUCAAAAGCCCUCUCAGUCAAGAAUGUCUCUUAUCCCAAGCAUUUUCGACAUGUGGGAUCCCUUUAAAGGUUUUCCCCUUUCCAGCAAUUUGGCCAAUGUACCCAGCUCGGCUCGCGAAACCUCUGCCUUUGCCAACGCUAGGAUUGAUUGGAAAGAAACUCCAGAAGCGCACAUUUUCAAAGCUGAUCUUCCGGGGCUGAAGAAGGAAGAGGUGAAGGUGGAGGUCGAGGAAGGAAAAGUGCUGCAGAUUAGCGGAGAGAGAAGCAAAGAGCAAGAAGAGAAGAAUGACCAGUGGCACCGUGUUGAAAGGAGCAGUGGCAAAUUCCUUAGGCGAUUUAGGUUGCCGGAGAAUGCCAAGAUGGAUCAGGUGAAGGCUAGUAUGGAAAAUGGUGUGCUCACCGUUACAGUUCCCAAAGAGGAAGUGAAGAAGCCUGAGGUCAAAGCCAUUGAGAUAUCUGGUUAAUUAUUUCUUUCCUCACAAAUUGCAAGUGUCUCCUCUAUUAUAGAUCAUAAUGAAUAAAUUGUGUCUCUGUAAGCUAUGCUUCUUAUAAUUUAUAAUGAAUCGUACUGUAUUAUUUGAUAAAUAUUAUGUUUGAAUAAAUUGUAUUGUUUUACCAA